AUGUCCUUCUUCACUCCCAUUCGAGCCUCAAACAAGCUCAUUACUGAGGCCAGUGUCCCCAAGACCGCCGUUUUUGUGGGCGGCACCGACGGUAUUGGCAAAGCUACCCUCAGGAAUCUCGUCUCUAAGGGCUUUCCGAUCAAAGUCUAUAUCGUAGGUAGAGAUGAGGUAGGUCACCGGGCCAUGUUGGAUGAACUUAGGGCUUUGAACCCCAAGGCAGACUUGAUUUAUGUCAAGGGCCAGAUAUCCAUGAUCGCAGACUCUCGUCGCAUUGCCAAUGGCAUCUCCGUUCAGGAAGAAAAAGUCAACCUCCUAUUUCUCUCGGCAGGCUAUUUGCCUUUCACUGGACAGACUUCUGAGGGCCUAGAGGCGUCUCAAGUCGUGUCCUACUAUAGCCAUAUUGUAUUCAUCACCUCUCUCCUACCCCAGCUUAGAGCCGCCGCCAAGUCGUCGGAAUCUGCCCGUGUUAUCAACGUCCUUGCCGCCGGACAGGAGUCGACAAACCUCUUCCUCGACGAUCUGGCUCUCAAACAUCCCGGCCGUUUUGGGAUCCCCACUUACGCGUCCCACGCCGCUACUUCGAUAACACUGACUCUAAAACGUAUCUCUGAGGUACCAGAGAGCAAAGAUAUAGUCUUCAUCCACUCUCAUCCUGGCAAGGUUAGCACUAAUCUAUUCCUGAAGAGCUGGGCUGGCAAGUUCGACCCCAGCAAGGCUACCGCCGCUCCACCUGCUGGGACAUUUGUGGAGUUGACGCCGGAUGAAUCUGGUGAGCGAUGCCUCUAUUUAAUUACAAGCGCGGAGUUCGGGGGCAAUGGCGUCCCUAUGCGGGACGGGCGAAAGCCAGCCCCGACUUUGGCCCAUGGAUCUAGUGGGUCGCUAUUCUCUAUCGACGACAAGUUUGAGGUUCUCCAACAGGACGAGUUACUAGAUGAUUUGGAGAAAAUGGGGGCCCCCCAAAAGAUCUGGGAUCAUACUUUUGACGUUAUUGGCUCUAUCAUCAGAGUGGACUAG